AUGAUCCUGCAAAGAAAGAAGUCACAGUGGAGGCCCGGACUGCUUCUACUGUCUCUGCUCUGGAUCUCUCUGCGGCCGGUCUCCCUCCAACGACCGUCAGCCGUCAACCUGCGGCGCUUCAUCGGCUGCGCCGUCCGGGAGUUCACCUUCCUGGCCAAGAAGCCAGGGUGUGGCGGGCUGCACAUCACCACCGACGCCUGCUGGGGGCGCUGUGAGACCUGGGAGAAGCCGGUCCUGGACCCUCCCUUCAUCGAGUCCUACCAGCGGGUCUGUACCUACAACGAGACGCGUCUGGUCUCCGUGAAGCUGCCCAACUGCCAGCCCAACGUGGAGCCCACCUUCACCUACCCCGUGGCCCUGAGAUGUGACUGUGGCGUCUGUCGGACCAGCACCACCGAGUGUGUAACGUCUGUCUGA